CCCACCAAUAAUGUGGAGCUGAACUUCCUCGUUACUGUGGGAGAAAACAGCGGAGAGCGGAGCGCAGGUACAGCGGGGAGCGGAGCGCGGAGAGCGGGGCGAGCAGAGCGCGGAUUACGCGGGGAGAGCGGAGCGGAUAGAGCGGCGAUAGGGACGUGUAGAGGAGCGCGGGAUUAUGAGCCGCGGACGGCUUGCCAUUCACUCCAAGGGGAGAAGGCAGGGCUGCUCAGCCUAGGGCACUCCCACCCUCCAUCUCCCUCUCUUGUAUCCUUCCAUUUCCCUCUCUCCAUCUUGGUCUCUUUCUCUCUCUCUCUCUGUCUUUGUGUGAGCGGUAAUGCUGUGCUGGGGCAGUUCAGCAUGGGGUCAGCUGGGCCUCGGCGAUGCGGAGCCCGUCGUGGCUGAGCCGAGGAGCUGCCGUAUGUUUAGCGGGAGGGGGCUGAAGGAGGUGGCCUGCAGAGGACAGCACUCGCUCUUCCUGCUGCAUGAUGGGAGCGUGUAUUCGUGCGGCUCCAACAGCCACGGUCAGCUGGGCCAUGAGAAGCCAGGAAACAAGCCAGAGUUGGUGGUGGCCCUGGAUGCGCAGAAGAUUGCGGGUGUGGCGUGUGGAGAUGCCCACUCUCUGGCGGUGAAUGAGCAGGGUCAGGUGUUUGCAUGGGGCACCGGAGAGAAGGGUCAGCUCGGACUGGGCACAGUGGAGGAGGCUGUGCGAGUGCCCAGGUUAAUUAAAAAGCUGUGCGAGCAUCGAAUAUCACAAGUCAUGUGUGGCAACCAGCACUGCAUAGCACUUGCUAAAGAUGGUCAGCUGUUCACAUGGGGUCAGAACUCCAGUGGUCAGCUGGGUUUGGGGAAAGGUGAGCCCAGCUCUCUGUCUCCUCAGCCUCUGAAGUCUCUGUGCGGGAUCCCGUUGGCUCAGAUCAGCGCAGGUGGAGACCACAGCUUUGCCCUGUCUCUGUCUGGAGCCGUGUUCGGCUGGGGCAGGAACAGCGCUGGACAGCUGGGCCUCAAUGACGAGCAAGAUCGAGCUGUUCCCUGCCACAUUAAAUUUCUCCGCUCCCAAAAAGUGGUCUACAUCAGCUGUGGGGACGAGCAUACGGCUGCCUUGACCAAGGACGGAGGCUUGUUCACGUUUGGAAACGGGUCCAGGGGACAGCUAGGCCAUGAUUCCACCAACAACGAGCUUCUGCCACGCAGAGUUUUGGAGCUCAUGGGCACGGAGGUUUCGCAAAUAGUUUGUGGCAAGCACCACACCUUAGCGUUUGUCCCCUCCACCGGCCUGGUUUACGCCUUUGGCUGUAAUGCUCAUGGCCAGCUUGGCUUAGCAAACAGAGGAAAUGCCAGGAUCCCUCUCCCAGUCCGAAACAUCCAGCCUCCAUAUCUCAGCAGCUCACAAACAUCAGACAGGAAGUCCAGGCCAGAGAACAGGAGCAGCAUCAUCAGGAGAAUACUAGCUUGUUUCAGUAGAAGCUCAGCCAGAGUCUCACCACACUCAGCAGAGCAGAUGGCAGCAAUUGAAUCGGGUGAUUUAGGAAACAGUGACUCAGACACAGAUCAUUACAUCCCGAGCAGGAUUCACUGCGGAGGUGACCACAGCUUCCUGCUGCUGUCACGUGAAAAGAACUGCCCAGAGGACUUCCGCAUUAUUAACACCUCCAAAAGCAUUUCUCUGAUUAACGAUGAGAGUCUAAAUAGCUGGAGAGUGAGGCUUCUGGACGGUGCAGACUCCAGCAUAACGAAUGACGUCAUCCUGCUGCUGUCCUCAACUGCAUGUUGGAAUGCCAGCUUUCUGGACCAGAGUGAUGAUGGCCAUUUUAAAACCAACCCCAAAGUCCCCGGCAUCGACCUCAACUCAGUCAGGCUGCUGUUUGAGACCCUAAUGAAGCCGUCCUACUCACGUCUGCUGGAGCAGACCACUAAGAGCUUCGAGAGCCUGCUAAUCCCUCAGCUGCCCUGCUCCCCUCCCGACGUGGAAGCCAUGCGCAUCUACCUUAUCCUGUCUGAGUGUCCGGCUCUCCACGACUCCAAAAACUACAUCUCUCUGACCAUCCCUCUCGCCAUGGCCAUCCUCAGACUGGACGCUAACCCCAGUAAAGUGCUGGAUAACUGGUGGUCGCUGGUGGACUGUGAAGUGUUCUCCAGGCUGGUGGAGAUGUAUAAGAGUAUUGUGGUGUUUCUGCUCACUGGUGGAAAGGCCCUUCUCAUCCCUGUGUUUUUGGAGAGCUACAUUAGCGCUACCCUAAGAUUACUGGAGAAACUGCACAAAGUGAACCAGAAAGCGCAUCAUGUGGAGUAUAACCGCUUCUACAUCCCCGAUAUCACCAGUCUGGUGGACAUCCAAGAAGACUACCUCAAGUGGUUUCUGAGCAAAGCUGAGAUUAAAAUGCGUUCUCCUCCAGUACAGAAUUCUGUCACGUUAUGUGCCUAUCCGUUCAUAUUGAACGCUCAAGCCAAGACAACCAUGUUGCAGACAGAUGCUGAGCUGCAGAUGCAGAUGGCGGUGAGCGGCGCCAACCUGCACAACGUCUUCAUGCUGUUAACCCUGGAACCUCUGCUGGCGCAGAACCCCUUUUUAGUUCUCCACGUUCGUAGGAACCACUUAGUCAGUGACGCACUGCGGGAGCUAACCAUCUAUAAUGAUGUGGACCUGAAGAAGCCCCUGAAGGUGAUCUUUGAUGGUGAAGAGGCGGUGGAUGCAGGAGGAGUCACCAAGGAGUUCUUCCUGCUUUUGCUAAAGGAGCUGCUGGACCCAGUGUACGGCAUGUUCACCCAUUACUCCGAAUCCAACCUGCUCUGGUUCUCUGAUAAAUGUUUCGUGGAGCACAACUGGUUCAAUUUGAUUGGGAUCGUCUGCGGCCUGGCCAUCUAUAACUCCACUGUGGUGGACCUGCACUUUCCUCUCGUGCUUUACAAGAAACUUCUGGAUGUUUCUCCUUCUCUGGAUGACCUGAAGGAGCUGUCACCAACCGAGGGCAGGAGUCUGCAGCAGCUGUUGGACUAUGAGGGAGAUGAUAUUGAAGAAACAUUUUGUCUCAACUUUGCUAUUACUCGGGAGCAUUAUGGGAUGACUGAGGUGAAGGAGCUGGUUCCUGGAGGAGAGAACAUCACAGUGGACCGGUCCAACAGAGAGGAGUUUGUGCAGGCGUACCUGCGCUACGUGUUCAGUGACAGUGUGCAGGAGCUGUACUCUGCUUUCUCAGGGGGUUUCCUGAAGGUUUGUGGUGGGAGGAUCCUCUCGCUGUUCCAGCCCUCCGAGCUUAUGGCCAUGGUGGUGGGCAACAGCAGCUACAACUGGGAGGAGCUGGAAAAGAAUGCGGUUUAUAAGGGCGAGUUCUCAGCCUCUCAUCCCACAGUGCGGAUGUUUUGGGAGGUGUUCCACGACUUUCCCCUGGAGAAGAAGAAGCAGUUCUUACUGUUCCUGACGGGCAGCGACCGCAUCCCCAUCCACGGCAUGGCCAGCCUGCGCAUCGUCCUCCAGUCCACGUCCGCGGCCGAGCACUACCUGCCCGUGGCCCACACCUGCUACAACCUGCUGGACAUGCCCUGCUACAAGACCAAAGAGACGCUGCACCUGCGGCUCACCCGCGCCAUCGAGCAGUACGAGGGCUUCAGCCUGGUCUGAGAGGAAGGACGUCAAUCUGCGGAGGCCGAAUGCACUGCACUUUUACCCCAAUCACCCGGCGGGGGGCGGGGAGGGGGCGGGGGACUGGACUGGAUGGGGCAUAAUGAAACAGAACGGCACGGGGGAGCCCAGAGGGGUCGGUUUGGCCUGUCUGGGUCGGCCAUUCCUGAUCUAACACCUAACAGGGUUCUUCCUCCGGUGGCUGGAUGAGGCAGGGACCUGUGUAUGCUGGGCAGGCCCCUGUGCUGAAUUGUAAUUGCUGGUAAAUGUUAUUUUCCUAACGUGGGAGCGCGUCGUCGGAGUCUAAUACGUGACUUUAAAGACUUGGAUAUGCACAUUAUUAUUAUUAUUAUUCAGAGUAUAUUUUCCUUUUCUUUCCUUUUGUUUUUUAAUCCUCGGAACUUCUCUCCAUGUGGCUUAUUGUAGAGGAAUUUCAACUCUCGACUCCUGUUCUACACUCUGACUGUAAAUACCUUCUGCUGGUUUGGAAUCUUCAGCCUGGAGUGUUUGGUUUUUGCUGUGGUUUGUAGUUCUCUAUUCUUUUGGCACUAUGUUAGGUUUUGCCGCUGUGCAGUUGCUGGUAGGAGGAUCAAAUGCUGGUUUGUGAUCAAAACACCACAACAAAAAGAUCUACUAAACAGCCCUCAUCCUCUCCACUUCUGACCUGACCUUAGGUUCUGACCCUCUGCUUUCUCUCGUACUCGACAGACGAUGCGGAACAUCAUCGGCGGAACAUUCCUCAAUCCGUAUUUGGUUCACGUUGAGGUUAAAGAGGCUUCUGUUGCAGUUUCAACCAUAUACAAAUACACAGGCAAUAGUUAUAACAUUCCUGAAGGAGCAGUGAGCAACACAGGGCUAUACACAAGAGUUACACAAACUACAGAAAAAUAGGGUCAGAUGAAAUCAGUUUUAUUAUUACACAAAUAAUAAAAUUCCAUUUUUUCAUCUUAUUUUUCUUUUUUCUGAGUUUUUUUUUUUCUUAGCGUUUUUGUUUUUAUAUCGAAAAUCUUUUUUUUUUUUUUUUUUUUUUUUUUUUUUUUUCUCUCAAUGAUCAGUUCCCUGAUUCCUUUCUGUGUUCCCCAAUUUCUAUUGUGGAAAGGGCACAUAAUACAGUGCAAAUGUGCAGACAUAAAUAGAAAUAAAUAAGUUUAGCAACACAACAGCUACACAAGACUCUAAAUAUAGAGUUAAAUUUUUUCCAAAUUCCGUCUUUUAUUUCCUUGACUAAUUUUUUUUGUACUAUUUUUUUUUUCCCGUUCAGACGAGUUAAGAUGUUUUCUUUACAUCUUAAAUCCGUUUUAAGUCUCAAUUCCGUGAUUCUUUCUGUAAUCUCUAAUCAUAAUUCUGAUUCCUAAUACAGUGCAAAUGACAAGCAUACACAAACUAUUCAGUAAAAGUGAUAAAUAAAAAGAACAUGGAGCAACCAAAUAAGACUAAAUACAGUAGGAUCAUAUUGAAUUUGUUUCUUUUUUUUCUUUCUUUCUUUAAAUUCCAUAUUUCUAUAUAAUUCCAUAUUUCAGAUUUUUAGUCUUUAUGUUGCCUUUAUGUUUGAAAUCCAUUUUUUAAGCCUCAAUUCUGUAAUUUCCUCUUUGUUUUUUUGUUUCAUGAACAAUCAUAAGGCCCUAAUACAGUGCAAAUUAUACAAUACGCCAGUGUGAUAAAUAAGAAGGACAUUAGGUGAAAUUAUUAGAGAUUUAUUAACAUUAGGACCUCCCACUUUUAUUUUAUAUUCAAUAUUCAAUAUUUGAUGUUUGAUUUGAUAUUCAUUAUUGAUAUUCAAUAUUUACAGAUGAAGUUAAUAUAGUUAACACUUAAAACUUAAAACAUUCUAUAAGAAAUGUAUUUAAAAAAUAAUCUAAUCGAAAUAAUUUUCCUGUGAUGAAGAAGGACCACAUUUAUUAAUACGUAUAAUUAUGUCUGAAAUUAGAAUGAGGUGCAGCACAUCAGCUGCAGAUGAUUAUUUGAUUAGAAUGAGUCUGAGAAGGGAAUUAAAAAAAAUCUCAGGACUUUUCUCACAGAAAUCAGCCACUGAAUAAUUCACACGUAAAGAUCACAAGAUGAGUAAAGGAAGUCUCCAACUAUCCUAAAUAAUAAAGUGUUUAAAAUAUCAUCAGGGACCUGCAGGACGCUCUCAUUAUUCUUGAUGUCAACAUUCAGCAUCUACCAUCAGAAAGAAACCAGACAUGGUUGAUUUUUAUGUGAAAAAUUCAAGUAGAAAACGUUUACUAUCGAUAAAUCAGGACAAAACUGUUGCCAGGUUGAUAGAAAACACACAGGCUGUGACCUAAAUGGAUCCCAGAAGAGACCACUUUAGUUUCAGAAUCAGUUUCUAUGAUUUUGCUAUUUAUAGGUUUAUGUUUGAGUAAAAUGAACAUUGUUUUAUUCUAUAAACUACAGACAACAUUUCUCCCAAAUUCCAAAUAAAAACAUUGUAAUUUAGAGCAUUUAUUUGCAGAAAAUGAGAAGUGUCUGAAAUAACAAAAAAGAUGCAGAGCUUUCAGACCUCAAAUAAUGCAAAGGAAACAAGUUCAUAUUCAUAAGUUUUAUGAGUUCAGAAAUCAAUAUUUGGUGUAAUAAUCCUGGUUUUUAAUCACAGCUUUCAUGCGUCUUGGCAUGUUCUCCUCCACCAGUCUUACACACUGCUUUUGGAUAACUUUAUGGCACUCCUGGUGCAAAAAUUCAAGCAGUUUUUGUGUACUAUUUUUUCCCGUUCAGAUGAGUUAAGAUGCUUUCUUUACAUCUUAAAUCUGUUAUAAUUUUCAAUUCAGUGAUUCUGUCUGUAAUCUCUAAUCAUAAUUCCCUAAUACAGUGCAAAUGACAAGCAAGAAAUGACAAGAAAUCAAUAUUAUGUGGAAUAACCCCGGUUGGUUUUAAAUCACAGUUUAAAUGCAUCUUGGCAUCAUGUUCUCCUCCACCAGUCUUACACACUGCUUUUGGAUAACUUUAUGCCUUUACUCCUGGUGAAAAAAUUCAAGCAGUUCAGUUUGGUUUGAUGGCUUGUGAUCAUCCAUCUUCCUCUUGAUUGUAUUCCAGAGGUUUUCAAUUUGGUAAAAUCAAAGAAACUCAUCAUUUUAGGUGGUCUCUUAUUUUUUUCCAGAGCUGUAUAUUGAUUUUGAUUGAUUAUUGGCCAGCCCUACUCUAAUGACUUGUUCAGGUUCUUUCUGAUGCUAGAUGAGUCUGGAGAUACAAGUUUUGUGCAUUACAGAUUGGAUGCAGUGAGAUCAGUGAGUGUGAACCAAAUUGAGGUAUUUCUAAAAGUGUCUGUGGGGGGAGGGGUCAGAUCAGUGUCUCAUUAUCGAGGGGGAGGAGCUAUCACAGUGAUUACCUGGGUGGAUGGGCGGGGUUUUCUACAGUGCAGGUGUCUCUACAGUCACAGUGUGUGUGUUGUAAAUGGUUUAUAAUGGAGGGGAAUGAGACCCCCAUAAUUGAGGAGCCCAAAACUCUGCCUUUAUAUUACUAUAGCGAGUCACUAACAGAAGAUUAUUAUUUUUGUUUUACUGUAAUUAUUAUUAUUAUUAUUAUUAUUAUUAUUAUUUUUCCUGUUCUGUUUUUUUUUUUUGCUCUUUAUAGUAAGUGUGCAUGCAGGUGUGAUGUACGGAGUGUUGGAGGCGGAGCUGCUUCUGACUGUUUAGUGUAACAGUAAAUAUGUAUAUGGCAAAUCAAAACAUUUUAUUUAUAAUUAAAAAAAAUUAAAUAUAAAAACAAAAAAAGACUGGGGCCGGAUUCACAAACGUAUAAAAGAUAAAUAAUAAUACUUGGAAAAAAACAA